GAGUUGCCCAAAAUUCUCACCUGCAUCGGGCCGGGUCAACUUCAUGCGAACGCAGACGAUCUAGCUAGAUUUACUAGACAUGAUUGGACGCGGAUCUACGUCGGAAACGCGGGACACAUUGCACUGCUCUACACUCGAGAGCUAUUUCUCGGCAUGCGCUGGUGAACUUCCUCACGCUCUGCAUGAAACCGUAUUACAUUCGCCUACAAUAUUCCUGACCGACACGAUACCGUACUGCUGACACGAUGGCAUCGCUUGACGGGAAAGUAUACGCCUUCACUGGCGGUGCCAGCGGCAUUGGCCUUGCAACGGCCAAGAUCAUCGCGAAGCGGGGUGCCACCGUAUGCCUUGCAGACGUUGACCCCGAGGCCAUCAAACAAGCCGAGGCCUACUUUACAGAGCAAAAGACGCCUUUCUCUGUAACAAAAGUGGACGUGUCUGUUAAGGACCAGGUUGAAAGCUGGAUAGAGGGCAUAGUGAAGCAAUUCGGGCGAUUGGACGGCGCUGCAAACGUGGCCGGCGUCAUUGGCAAACACCACGGCAUCCGAGCUGUCGCGGACCUUGAAGAUGACGAGUGGCACAAGAUCAUUGCUGUCAACUUGACAGGCUGCAUGUACUGCCUCAGGGCGGAACUCAAAAACAUAGUGGAUGGCGGUUCCAUUGUCAACGUGGCCUCGAUUCAUGGUAUCAAGGGUUUUGCCAAGCACGGCGCAUAUGAUGCUAGUAAGCACGGCGUGAUAGGGCUCACUCGAGCGGCAGCAAACGAGAACGGUGCCCGCGAGGUUCGGGUCAACGCAGUUGCCCCCGGCGCCAUCUACACACCGUUGAUGGAGAAGGCCUGGAAAUUUCAUGAUCGCGCAGCGGACGCCGCCUUUGACGAGCCCACGUCUUUUCAACGUCAGGGCACUGCUGAUGAGUGCGGGAACGUCAUCGCGUUCCUGCUUGGCCCAGAGAGCUCCUUCGUCAGCGGGAGCGUCUAUCAAGUCGAUGGGGCGUGGCUAUGAGCCACAGACGGCUCGGCGAGGCGUGCGAGGUAAUCA